CAUUGUUCUUCAUAGCUCUAGUCGAAGCGCAAUGGCCAUCACUUAUGGUGAUUUCUACCCCAAGAAGUUCAAAAACACCGAUGUCAGCAGCGGAGUCGCUAUCUUCCUUGUUGUCUUCUCCAUUCUCUGCGGCCUUAUUGCUUUCAUAUUGUGUCUUGCAGCAGAGGGCUCCAGGUCUGAGGUAACAAGGUUGCUUACAAGCACGCCUAGCAGCAAAGACAACAGUUGCUACUACAGCAACAGCGGCAAGAAACCUCUAGCCUGCGCUAUCGCUGCAUUCGUCUUGCUCGCCAUAGCAAUGUUCUCAGAGCACGGUUACAUGCUCAUCGCUGUCGCUAACCCCCAGCCUCCAGUGUUGGUGGCCUGGGCCACUCCACAGGAUCCAAUAGCAGCAGCAACGGUAACGAGAACCAGAGAUCUCACUUGGCAAAUCUGCUGCCUUUUUCUCACAACCUGGAUAUCCUUUGCACUUGCUGAGGUGUUUCUCAUGAUCGGGAUGGGAGUCGAGUCUGGUCACCUGAGCAACUGGAGAAGUCCAAGACCCAACUGCAACGCGGUCAGGCCUGGGCUUUUUGCAGUCGCUGGAAUCUUUGGACUCAUCACUGUCUUCCUCGGUCUUGGCCUUUAUCUCACUGCAUUGAGAACUCAGAGAUUGCAUCUCGAGAAGGAAAAUGCGGCUCGUGGAACAAUCCCAAAUCCUCUGUAACGAGGGGGGAAAUCAUACUAGAGGGACAUCUAUAUAAUGUAAAAGAUUUUCCUGAGGAGAAAAAAUAUGACUAUUUCCAUCAGUGUAUUCGACGUAAAAUAGUUUCAAACUGGUUAGCAAUCCAACAUAAUGUAAAAACCUCUCUGGUCUCUCUCUCUCUCUCUCUCUCUCUCUCUCUCUCUCUCUCUCUUUUUGACAAAUAAUCACCAUGCCACUCUAAACAUGAUUUUUUUUUGACAAAUAAUCACCAUGACAUCUAUAUAAUAAAAUCAUGAUUUUUUUCCUCCAAGACACUAGGAUCACCAAGAAUGCUUACUUUAAAAUAGUAGCAUUGUUUAUCACCUGGAUGCUAUCGAUCUGCUCGGUGUUUUUCCUUCCAUGGCGUCCUUCUUCGUUCCGCAUGACUCAAAGUGCAGAGCUAAGGAUCUUUCCAUGGCAUCAUUGCUGGUGAGUAGCUUGGUACUUUAUCGGUUCGGCAGAUUGCACAUCGGUUAGGCGAUGAAUUUGCCUUUGACAACCUGCUGCAUGGAGAUUUGAGAGGUUCACACGGUCAUUUCUUUGGCAAAGUAAAUUCUGAUGGAAUUUGAAGAACACAACACUCUACACAAAGGAAACUUUUAUUGAUAGAACACUUGAGAAUACAACACUUGUUCUUACAAGAACACCUCACUUUCACACAAUUCCUUUAUUUUGGUGGACACUCACACAAGGCUACACUACACACUCAAGCUCUCAAGCUCACUUCUUGCUUGCUUGCUUGCUUGCUUAAAUGAGAGCACAAG